AUGGGGAAAAAAAUUACAUCAAAUAUGCGUGUUUGUUCGCUGCAUUUCUCUGAGACUGAUUAUUUUUCCACAGCAAUUAAAUUAUGCGAAGACAAUGAUCAACUUUGCAACAGUGAAAAUGGCGAGAAAAAUGUAGAUGAGUUUAAUGAUUUAUCGAUUUCCUUGGAUCAAGUUCCUAUAGCAACUGUCAGUCAAAAAAAUAAAGAUACUGAGCCUACAAAAAUUCUGAAAGUAGAUGUCGGGAUAUCAGUGAAAAGCGGAGACUUAGUGGAGCAUAACUUUAGCAAUUUUAUUAAGACAGAUAAAGAGUUAAGUACUGCGACAGGCAUACCCAGUUUCAAAAUUUUAAAUUUACUUUGCAAAAUUGUUGAAAAAGUUGCGCCUAUAUUACGCUCAUAUACUGGAAAGUUAACGAUUCAGGAUCGAGUUAUUUUAACUUUUACUAAAUUAAAACAAAAUGUAAGUUAUGCAUUUUUAGCUCUCUUAUUUCCAUCUUGCUCAGAGAGACAUAUUCCUAAUGUUAUAUGCAACAUUUUAGACAUUUUAGGUAAUGCAUUAAAAGAUGCAAUUAUCUUUCCAUCUAAACAAGAGAUAUUGAAAAAUAUUCCUUCUUGUUUUCGUGAAUAUGCAAACGUUUGCCUCAUUCUAGACUGCACUGAGAUUGAAAUCCAGAGGCCUCAAAAUUUAUGCGAUCAACUUUUAACCUAUUCGUUUUAUAAAGGUCGACAUACAGUCAAAUUUUUGACAGGAUGUUCACCAGGUGGACUUCUUACAUAUGUCAGUCCUGCAUACGGAGGACGAGCCUCCGAUAAGGCCAUUUUUGAACAAAGUAAUAUCAUUCAAACGAUAGGAACCGGUUCCAGCAUCAUGGUCGACAAGGGAUUCAAUAUCGACGAUAUUUGCUUCGAAAAUGGAAUACGAAUUGUAAGACCGCCUUUUCUUCGCAAUAAAGCUCAAUUUUCAGAAACGGAGGCUCUGGACACUCGAGGAAUAGCUAGUGCUCGUGUACAUGUUGAAAGGUUAAAUCAACGUAUGAAGGUUUUCCAAAUUCUUGGAAGUAAAAUGCCAAGCUGUUUGGUUAAAAAGAGCGAACAUAUCAUGACAAUUAUAGCGGCUGUAAUCAACUUGAGUGCCCCUAUUUUAAAGGAUGACAAGUUUCAAAAAUAG